GGUGCAAAGCCUAAGGGGUGGGGCACCAAACUCAAUUCCAAGUAACUAGUAACUGAAGUACCAUAACACCAACACUAACCAGUCUUCACUAGACUCAGAUACUUCAUUUCUCUUCACACCAGUAACCCCACCAAGCUCACUCAAACCCAUUUUCAUGGACAUCCCCAACCACAGAUUCUUCCAACCUUCAUCUGUAUUUCUACCACAAGGGGAUUCACCCAUUGAGAGCUUGUAUGGAAAGAUCAAAGGCAACAACAACAUCAUCAACAACAACCCAUUUGCAGAUACCUUCUCUGAUCCACUUUGCAAGCUCAAUCUCAGGGAAACCUCUGAGUUUGUCAAGUCAUUUCCAACCUCAAAUGGCAAUGACUCUGUCUCACAGCAACAGAGGAGGCUAGAGGCUCCUUCAACCCCUGGCAGACCUGUUUUCAGCUUCAGCUCCAGCAUUGGAAGAAACCUUUCAAGGAAGAGCUUCCCUUCCAAAUGGGAUGAUGCAGAGAAAUGGCUCAUGAGCAGCUCCUGCCAUGACUCACCUGCUCACAACACCACCUCCAAGAUCAGCAGCACCAGACAACAACAAUGUGAGGAUGGAUUUAAGCAGCUGCAGCAGCAAGUGGAGAGUUUCUCGGAGAAAUCGAGGGUCACAGAGGAAAGGGUUUCUUCCAAAGCUGUCCCAACCUUCCAAAGGUCUCCAUCUUUGGACCACCAUCAAGCACUUGGCGCUUUCAAUGGUGUCCCAUGUCCUACAGACAUAGUACUGAAAGAUAAGUUCACAGACAGUAUAGAGCCAAUUAUGCCGAAUUUCAGAUAUUCAGAGCCAACUAAAGAAGGGUUUUUGUUUAGAAACCCAGCUGGGGAGGCAAUGCAGGAUGCUUGUACAGAAGUGGUUCAUGAGGUUCAACAUAGAGAUGUUGGGACAGAAAUGACUCCUAUAGGAAGUUCCACAACUUCAAGAUGCCACACCCCAUUCAAGAGUUCAUCCCCGGCUCGCCACAACACUCCCGCAAGUAGGUCAGGACCAUUGGCCUUGGCUAGCCCCAAAAGCACUGGCUGCACUGUUGAUGUGAUUCAGCUGGAGGAGUGCCACUUUUCUAAACUGCAGCUAGCGACACCGUAUGAUUUUGUCCCUUCAAAUUGGAGCUCAGGUGAGGAGGAAGAUAAGGAAAUGUCGAAAAGCUUGAGACAUAAUGCUAGCCAGAAAGCUGACUCAGACUGCAUAGCUGCUACAUGGGAAGAGGAGGAGAAGACUAAGUGCUGUCUUAGGUAUCAAAGAGAAGAAGCAAAAAUCCAAGCUUGGAUAAACCUACAAAAUGCUAAAGCAGAAGCUCAAUCAAGAAAGCUUGAGGUGAAAAUUCAGAAGAUGAGAUCAAACCUGGAAGAGAAGCUGAUGAAGAGAAUGACAGUGGUUCACAGGAAGGCUGAGGAAUGGAGGGAAACAGCUAGAGAAAAGCACAUGGAGCAAAUGCAGAAAGCCGCUCAACAUGCUAAAAAGAUGGUCCAUGGCCAUAACUCACAAUUUUCUAGGCACAGUUCAUGUGGUUGCUUCCCUUGUAAUAACAACCAUCAUUAAAUUUAACAAUGGAAUGUUAUUGCACACUUUUAUCUAA